AUGCAUGCCGCCGAAAGCAUUUGGCAGGCGCUCAAAAGCGUCGCGUCUUGGCUACUGGAAGUUCCAAAGUACAUUUGGAAUUUGCUAGAAAAGUCCACCGAGGAAAUACACAAGACGGACCAGCCGCUGAAGGAUGCAAACCAGCACAUCCAAAUGUUGGAGGCUGAGCUCCAAGCCUGUCAAAUGCGCCUGUCCAGAUUCAUACCAGACUAUCAGCUUUCCGACACGACCAUUCGGGAGAAGGUUAUUGAACUUCAAGAAAGUGUGUCAAAUUGGGCUGAGGAAUUUCCUAAUGAUGAAGAUUUCCAACAUUCAUUGGACUUGGCCUAUGGCAAGUUCCAGUUUCCUAAAGGGACCAACACCUGGGGAAUGGAAUACCCAGGGUGGCUUUUCGUUGCACAGUCAGAGAUCUUGAUAAGCAUAACUUGGUGGCACAUUUGCCAAACGCUAUUCAUGCCUCUUGUUAUUGCAUCCUCGGAUGAUCUACGUGUUUUGCAGAAACUCGACACGGGUAUUACCAAAAUUGACCCGAAGAAAGAUCAAGAACUCGUCAAUCUAUGGAGAUCGGAUACAAUUCGAGCCUAUGUUUCGGGCCAACAACAGCAGGAUUAUGUGCAGAUGAAGUGCUCAAAACUGAAAGCGAAGUUGCGCGAGAUAUUUGGUUUCUUCGACUUCCAAUUCGAAUUUGACGAAGACCACAAAUUCUCGAGCCUCGAAGAGCAGAUUCUCAUCCCGGCCGCGGAACUUGCUAUAGAAUUGAGCUGCUCUCCGGAGAAGUACAAAUGGCUUUGGCGUAUGAACAACUUCCCGGGUUGUAUUGUUCGCAAAGGACACCUAGACUGUUUUAACAUCAUGGACGUUGCGACUCAUAACAAGAUUUCGAAAAAUAAAUACAACCAUGUGCACGAGACUGCAGAAAUCGGAAAACUGCUCCUCGUCAUGUUUCCUGCACUGUAA